CAUAGAAGGUGCUUCAGAGAGAAUGCCAAGCUUACUUCACACUACAGAACUCACACAGGGGGGAAGCCAUAUGAACAUACAGAUUUUGGAAAGAGCUUCGGCAAUAAAGGAAAGCUUUGUAAACGUGAAAGAAUCCACACGGGAGAAGCCUUAUAAAUGUAUAGAAUGUGGAAAGAACUUCAAAACUAAAGGACACCUUUAUCAGCAUCAAGCAAGCCACACAGGGGAGAAACCAUUUAAAUGCAUGGAGUGUGGAACUAACUUCAGGACUAGAAGAAGCCUUUAUAAACAUGAUGGUUUAUAUCACAGUGAGAAGAAACCACACCAAUCUCCAUUCUCCAGUGAAACACCCAUGAAUUGCACUCUAGUAGAGUAACAUGCAUGGUUUGCUAAGAGGCACAGCGGCUGCCAGGGGAGAGGAUCUUCGCCAUGUCUACGGCUAUGAACUUCGGGACUAAAAGCUUCAAGCCGAGGCCACCAGACAAAGGCUCUUUCCCUUUGGAUCAUUUCGGUGAAUGUACAGCAUUCAAAGAAAAAUUCAUGAAGUGUCUGAAGGAAAAUAGGUUUGAGAAUGCUUUGUGCAGACAGGAAUCAAAAGAAUAUUUAGAAUGCAGAAUGGAGAGGCAACUUAUGUCCAAAGAACCGCUGGAAAAGUUGGGAUUUAAAGACCUAACAGAAGAGAAAUCAGAAACCCAACCUAAGACAUUGUAAUGAAGAGAAAGGAAAAGGGAGAAAAUCCUGACCAUCUCUUAUGGAAAGCAGCAAAUCUUCAGUAGUACAUAUUGUGCAUUGUAUAUUUCAAAUGUGAUUGCAACAUGAAGUGCGCCUUCAAAGAAAAUGCUGUAACUGUUGGCCAAAUAGAAGAGUUACAGUGCAAACCUAUAUGCUGUCUACUCAACAAUAAGUCUCAUUGAGUUUAAUGGGGCUUACUCUCAAAUAAGGGGAUAGGAUUACUGCAAUCCUAUCACCAAUUUAUUGGGAGUAAGCCCCAGUGAACUCAGUGAGAAGUACUUCUGAGUAGACAUGUGCUGAUACAAAACAAGCCUCCCCUCUGAAUAAUGAAGUUUUGUAGGAGAUACAGUAAAUGGUUUUCUUUAGGGGUUUG